AUGAAGAGCGCCUUGAUCGCCGCGGCCGCCCUUGCCGGCUCCGCCCAGGCUGGAAUUCACAAGAUGAAGCUCCAAAAGAUUCCUCUGUCUGAGCAGCUGGCCGGUGCCACGUUCGAGGCUCAGGUUCACCAGCUUGGGCAGAAGUACCUUGGUGCCCGCCCUGCCAGCCGUGCCGAUAUUAUCUUCAACAGCCAGGUUGCCGAGUCCAAGGACGGCCACCCCGUUCCCAUCACCAACUUUGCCAAUGCCCAGUACUUCUCCGAGAUCACCAUCGGUACUCCGCCCCAGACCUUCAAGGUUGUCCUGGACACUGGCUCCUCCAACCUUUGGGUUCCUUCCCAGUCUUGCAGCAGCAUUGCUUGCUUCCUUCACUCUACAUACGACUCGUCAUCUUCUUCUACAUACCAGAAGAACGGCUCCAAUUUCGAGAUCCAUUAUGGCUCCGGCAGCCUGACCGGCUAUAUCUCCAACGACGUCGUUUCCAUCGGUGACAUUACCAUCAAGAACACCGACUUUGCUGAGGCUACCAGCGAGCCUGGUCUCGCCUUUGCCUUUGGUCGCUUCGAUGGUAUCCUAGGUCUUGGCUAUGACAGCAUCUCCGUCAACAAGAUUAUCCCUCCUUUUUACCAGAUGAUCAAGCAGAAGGCCGUUGAUGAGCCUGUUUUUGCCUUUUACCUCGGCUCUGAGGACGAGGGCAGCGAGGUCGUGUUUGGUGGCGUUGACAAGGCUCACUAUGAGGGGAAGAUUGAAUAUAUUCCUCUCCGCCGCAAGGCUUACUGGGAGGUUGACUUUGAUGGCAUUGGUUUCGGCGACGAGUAUGCUGAGCUCGAUAACACUGGUGUCAUCCUCGACACGGGCACGUCGCUCAAUACCCUCCCCACCGACCUUGCUGAGCUUCUCAACAAGGAAAUUGGUGCUAAGAAAGGCUUUGGCGGCCAGUACACCAUUGACUGCUCGGCCCGCGACAAGCUCCCCGACAUUACCUUCACCCUCGCUGGCUCCAACUACACGCUGCCCCCCAGCGACUACAUUCUGGAGCUCGGUGGUAACUGCGUCUCUACCUUUACUCCCUUGGACAUGCCCGAGCCUGUCGGCCCUCUUGCCAUUCUCGGCGAUGCUUUCCUCCGCCGCUACUACAGCGUCUACGACCUUGGCAAGAACGCUGUCGGUCUCGCCAAGGCCAAGUAA